UGCCCAUGAUCGUGAGUGUACAAGUCCGCAGGUUUUCAACUCAGGCUAAUUCUGUCAUGUUUAUCAUGUGGCAACUCAUGGGUUGCAAGGGAUUUGUCAGGUCCACUUCUUCGAUUAGUCGACAUUUCUAUCAUUACGGAACACCUUUUUCAACUGUGAGCAGUACCAGUGACGUCACUCCUCACACAACGACAACAACCCCUAUCUUCAACAUCUCCUGCGGCUUCAAGCACCGCCAUCCUUUGCGCGGUUUUCCCGGGUCACGGCUCUUUUCACCGGCACGGUCAUCGUUCGGGCACAUUCCUUGUCAAAGUUUCCACUCCACGUGUUGUCAAUCCUCAUCCAACCAAAUGUCGGGUUGGCAGGCCGAAAAGGCCAAAUUGGAAUCGAUGUCCGAGGAGGAACACAUCCAGCUUCUUGCGAAGAAGAGAGCCAAGCUCAUGUCGGAAAUCCCGCCUUGGAAUGUGUAUUAUAAGGCUAAAUUUGCUCAUCUGAGUAAGAUGCUUUCGGACGAGGAUCGUGAGCGAUGUUUGGACACGGAGCCGGAUUUUUCUGGCUUGGUUUCCAUCUAUCAAGGGGAUAUUACUAAAUUGGGCAUUGACGCCAUUGUGAAUGCGGCUAACAAGUCUCUCUUGGGUGGAGGAGGAGUGGAUGGAGCCAUUCAUCGGGCUGCGGGCGACAAAUUGUUAAAGGAAUGUAAAACGCUUGAUGGAUGUAAAACGGGGCAGGCUAAGAUCACCAGUGGAUACGAUCUCCCGGCUAAAUAUGUCAUCCACACGGUUGGUCCGAUUGGCGAAAAACCCGAUGCACUCCAGAGUUGCUACCAAAAGUCUCUUGAAUUGAUGGUUCAAAACAACCUUCGAUCCAUUGCCUUCCCUUGCAUCAGCACGGGUGUAUACGGAUACUCGUCGGAGAAUGCUUGUCCGGUUGCUUUGAGGACUGUUCGCGAGUUCUUGGAGAAACACCCUGAUAAGGUGGACAGGAUAAUCUUUUGCCUCUUCAUGGAAAAGGAUAUCGACUUGUACGAGAAAGAGAUGCAAGUUUUCUUUCCUAUCCCGAAAAUAGCUGAGGGCGGUGAAAAGUAAAGGCGAAAUAAUUGGGGUUCAUUCAAAUUGAGUGACGUGACAAAGAGGACGAAAUGAGCCCCAAAGUGCCAUUAAAAGCAAAAUAAUUUGUCAAUAAAAGUGUUUUGGUUCGCAUUUAAGCACAAUUCGUAAAAAUAUAAAGAUAUUGCUUUCUA